AAGAACGUAAUCGUUACUUUCUGGCUUCACCGUGAUGAGAAGCAGAACUAUAUCUAAUUUAUAUAUAAUAUGUAUAAUUUUGUAAUGUAUAAGUAUAAACAACUAUAUUAUGUUAACCAUGAAUUUCCGAAUAAAAAUAAUCCAAUGGAUAAGCUUUAAAAAACAACUAUAAGUAACGUAACUUUUACAGUUAUAUAUACAUACUUCUUUCGAUCAAUGCCAGUAUAUAUUAUGAUAGUACAUUUUCCUUAACCUCAUAAGAUAGAGUUAUAAAUUUUGUUUUCUGAACUCGAAAGAUACAAUAACAGAAUGAAUGUUUUUAUAAGAUCUGCUGUAUCAGUUGUAAAACCGGUACCAUUGGUAAGAUGUAUUUCAAUAAAUUGUACAGCAUAUAAAAAUGAAUCUAAAGACAUAAUUCAUCUGGAAAGUCAUGAACCUUAUAUACCGCCGUAUGUUGAACGUAAUGAAGAAAGUACAACAACUAAAAAAGCCAGGCUAAUAUAUCAAUCUCGUAAGAGAGGUAUGUUAGAAAACGGCCUACUUUUAAGUACAUUCGCCAAAAAAUAUUUAUCUGAUUUUAAUGAUGAACAAUUACAACUGUAUGACCGUCUCAUAAAUUUACCAUCAAAUGAUUGGGACAUAUUCUAUUGGGCCACAGGAGCAAAACCCACCCCACCUGAAUUUGAUAACGAAGUCAUGAAUUUAUUAAAGAAGCAUAUUAAAAAUGAGGAUCGUCAAGCAAGAAUAAUGCAACCUGAAUUAUAAAUAAGAUAACACGUAGUUACAAGGUAGUUUAUUAUUUUAAUCGCAGAUUUAUCUUCUAAUGUACUGUUGUCAAAAAAGAUAUGCUAUUACAAUGAAUUUUUAUUUAUUAAUUUAAAUAGUAAAAAUAUAUAUUUUGUGAAUAUGUAUAUAAAUAUACAAUAAUUCUUGUAAAUUUAGUUUAAAUAAAAAAUAUAUAAUCUGUU